CAGUUCUCGCGCGUCCGUCUCCUGCUACCGUUUGCCGGUGCGUGACAAUUGUGGAAAUCCUGGUUCCUUUGAAUAUUCGGUCGCAUUCGGUGACUGCGGAAGACAGACACCGUAGACGUUCCCCUACCUAAACGGACCCAAGGCGAACUACUUCUCGGUCUUUUCCGCGAUCACGUCACAGGUUUUUGUGCCGCUCCGUCAACCGACCGAUAAUACCGUUGUUCGAAGCACGGUGCUACCUGUACUUCGCUGGUCGACGAAUAACAUGAACUCUGCGGAGUUUCGCGUCAAGGAGUUGCCGCGACCAAACCUCUGAUCGGUGUGGCCUUUCGAUAAAUUUUUACAUCGCACCCUUAUGAAGACGGAGCGCACCUAGAAUGAUCAUCGCAAACGGAAGUGUCCGUCGACCGGUGGGAGUGGCGACGUUAGCUCUGGUACCGCUGCUUUUUUUCGCGACGAUCACCGUCGCCGACGACAGCGUUCGCAUUCUAUCUCCGUUAGAGCAGCUCGUUACCUCGAGCACCCUCAAAUGGUUGAACCACGCACAGGUGCGGGCUGAACGUGACAACGACCUCGUCAUCGGUGGAUUCAAGUUUGUCCCGAGAACCGAAGAAGAUCCUCCCGGAGCCGGAGGGCAGAACAGAGGCGACUCGAGACCGAUAUUCGUAUGCCGGGCGAUCCACAAUGGGAUUUGGGUAUCCGGUGGUCAGGUGGAAGGUGAGAAGCGUUGCGUGGUGUCCCUUCUCGGUAACGUUCACUCCUACGAGCGGUACGACCUGCUUCAAAACGUCGAAAAUGCGGCGCGGCUGACCUGGGUUCACUGGGACAAAUACGUCCAGCCACCGGAGGGUGGAAUCGCAAUCGGCGACACAUUCGUGGCGAGACACGAGUCGCUCAACGAUCAAAAUAACGCCUCUGGACGAACGGUGGGAUUCACCCACUACAUCGGCAAGUACGAUCCCAAGGACAAACUCGGCAGCAUCACUUACGUCAAGGAGAAUGGCGUUGAGGAAUCCGCCGAUUCGGGCGAAGUGCUCGUCGAAUGGGAGCCGAUAUCUUACGAAAUGAAAGGGGUCAAGUUCAAUCACUGGAGGAAGCGAGUGAUAAAGCGUGUGCCGCAGAUACUGGGUGAAGCGCACCUGAGGAACGAUGGUGCGGAACCGGCAAAGAUCGCCAAGGCGUUCGCCUACUCGUCCAACUAUUCGGUGUACUGGGGACAGGGACACGCGAUACUUAUUGGCCUGAAAACUAGUAUCGUUCUGGCGAACGGCACCAAACUAACGCCCAUUGCGUGGGGCACCGAGGAGAACGAAUAUCGAGACAACGUGCACACGGUCGAGGUCUACCUGGAGCCGGGAACGGCGGUGAACGUAACCGUUCGGGCGAACUACACCGACCUGGAAGUACCUUACACGGCCCAGCUCGUAUCGCGUUACGAGGAUGGGACCAAGUUAUCGAGAUCGAUAAGUGGUGCUCGUCGCGAGAAAAACAUCGUUUACGUCGAGCCCGAGUUCGGGCCUGUAUACUACACGGGGAAUCUAACGUUAGUCCCCACUACGACGACCACUACGACGACGACGACGACGACGACGACGACGACUACGGAGCCGGCGACGACCGUUGCGCGGGGACGAUCCGGGUACGCAGGGAAUCGCGACGACAACGAUCCGAACCACCUCGACGUCAACCUGAUCGUUCCACCCGGAAAGACGACCGAUCUCUCGGGGGGAAUGCAGGCGGACGACGGGAGCCCUCUUUCCCUAAAAAAUAAACUCGACGUCGAAGCUGGACGGUCCACGGCUCGCGACGCCCCAGUCGCCCAUCGUAUGGCCCUGGUCAUUGCCGGAAUCGUUCUCGUCGCCCUGAGCGAUCACCGUUCCCUAAACUGCGCGACAUGAUAGUCGCGCGAUACUUUGAUCAAUUACCACUGAAUAAUCGUUAACGCAAUAGUUCACAGCUCUAUAAGGUAGCUAUACCUAUAUUAUGUCACUGAUCGUUUCAGAACGGAUAAAUUAUGUCACCGCAACUUUACUCGACGGAAAUAUAACAGACGGCUAGGGUCCGUCGUCAAAUGGUAGAGAAAGUUUGGAAUGAAAAUCAAUUGCAAAAUACAAACAUCGGAUAUGAAAUAACGGAGAAACAGUCGAGAAAGAAUUCCUUUCGACUCGUGAAACAAACUUAAUUUCUUGGCUACGUUGGGAGGAGCGCCGUCGCGGCACGUGAUUUCUCGGUGCUGACAUACAUGCUUGCCUUUACGAGAAGGGAAAAGAAAAAAGAAAAAAGAAAAAAAAAAGAUUAUUUCGAUAUGCAACAGACACACACAUACCUACUCAUACUAUAAUUAUCAUUACUAUACUGUGUAGAUAUGUGUACAUGAGUGUAUAUCGAAUUUUGAAUAGUGCUGAGGUAGUAUUAUUUCGUAAGUAUUGCGAGCCAGCCUCAUGGACUACCGAGUACAAGCAACUUCAGUCCAACGGAUUUCCUAGGUAGAUAAGCUCUUGGGGUGGUUUCGAGGAAGAACGACGGGUCUGAAAUGUCUCUUUUGACAUUCAAAGAAUUAUACAUUCCUCCUACUCCACUCUUCCAAAGUAACACAAACAAGGACGAAUAAUUCAUAUGAACGCAGCUAUAAUAUAUUUUUGAGAUGGCCGUAUAAUUUUACAACUUUCUAACUAUGAGCUAAGGUUUAUAAGAACGGGACGUGACUUCCCAAAGAAUGAUAAUGCCCGCGAUAUUCCACACCUAAUAAGUAGUGAGUGCACUUGUUACGUUUUUACCCCUUGUUUCCUUCAUUGCUCAUCUUAUUUAGCUACUAAGCCUAUAGCUAGAAUGUCAAAAUGUAAUUUAUUGUUUUAAUACUUGUUCAAUACAUAUUAAAAUUAGGAUUCUUCUUGUAUAGCAUGCAUUGCUUCAAAUACAGAUACUGUACAUUCUAAUUCAAGCGAAAUAUUGUUGAGCUUGAUACCUCGAUAUUACUGAUUGCAAAAAUAAUUCCGGUAAAAAGAAAUUAUUGUUACCGACGAUGUCAAUGAUGGUAACGACGAUGGAGAUAAUUAUAGUACAGUUAUAGUAACAACAAAAGCAUUGAUGCUUCUAGACUUCAAAACUUUAAAAUUGCUAUUUCUACUAGAUCAAUCAUUCCCGGCUUAUUUGCUGUAUUGUACAUUACCGUGUAAAUAUAAUAAUUACAUAAUG